AUGUUCCUUCAGCAGAGGAGUAAGGCUACAUGGAUCAAAUUAGGAGAUGAUAACAACAAGUAUUUUUACUCUAUCAUCAAACACAUGAAGCUACAACAAGCAGUCACUCAAAUACAAGACAAACAUGGAAUAAUGCAGCAUGAUCCAGAGAAGAUAGCUAUGGUCUUUGUGGACUACUAUCAGGAAUUGCUGGGGAGGAAAGAGCAGGGGAGGGUUAAAGCUUUUGGGAGUUUUUUGAAGAAUGAUCACAUAUUGACAGUAGAAGAACAGGUGCAAUUGGUGAGACAAUACAAUAAAAAGGAUGUCAAAGAGGCUUUAUUUAGAAUUGAUAGUACAAAAAGCCCAGGUCUUGAUGGAUACAGUAGUAAUUUUUUCAAGAAAGCAUGGUCAAUUGUGGGAGAGGAUGUGACUGAAGCUGUACUGGAAUUCUGA